AUGUCGACCGAAUAUUCUGAGAAAAUGCAGGCUACGGAGCCGUACGCGGAGGAACAGCAGGGUGAACUGGUCAACGCCUCCGGUCAUCGUCAGGAGGUCGAUCGGAACUUCAGUCUCAUCAGUCUUUGCGCUAUCGCCGUCACGACUGGUAACACUUGGAUCGCUCAGGGUGGUAGUGUGGUGACGGCAUUGAGUAACGGUGGCCUGGCUGGAUGUCUUUAUGAAUUCAUCGCCGUCUCGAUUUGUUAUUGGAUGGUCGCCGCUUCUAUUGCCGAGCUGGCAUCUGGUAUGCCCUCUGCCAGUGGUGUUUACCACUGGGCUUCUAUCACUGCUGGCAAGCAUGGUCGUAUCUGCGGUUUCUUCGCCGGUUGGUGGAACUGUCUGGCUUGGAUCCUGGGUGCCGCCUCCAUGUCUUUGAUCAUGGCCCAGCAGCUUGUCUCCAUGUAUGCUUUGAUGCAUCCCGGCUUCCAGGUCCAGACCUGGAAUACGUUCGUGACCUUUCUUAUCUGUACCUGGGUGUGCUGCUGCAUUGUUCUCUUCAUGAACCGCUUCUUGCCAUACAUCGGUAACAUCGGCAUGUUUUUCAUCCUUGCUGGUGUCUUCGUUACCAUCAUCGUUUGUGCCGUCAUGCCUUACGUCAACGGUGUCGGAUACAGGAGUGACGAGGCUAUCUGGACAGAGUGGACCAACGAGACCGGCUACUCGCAGCAGGGCUUUGUCUUCGUCAUGGGUAUGCUGAACGGUGCUUACAGUGUCGGUACUCCCGACUGCUCUUCACACCUGGCCGAGGAGAUUCCUCACCCUAGCCGCAACAUCCCCAAGGCCGUGCUGGCUCAGAUGGGUGUCGGAUUCAUCACCGGUCUCCUUUACAUGAUUGCCAUCUUUUACUCCAUCCAGAACCUCGACGACGUCGCCAACAGCAGCUACAACUUCCCUCUCGCCGAGAUCUACUACCAGGCCACCGGAUCUCGUGGCGGUGGUCUCGGUCUCCUGAUUGUCGCCUUCAUUCCGACCCUCAUCACCGCAACCGGCUGCUACAUCACCGCCGGCCGCACUUUGUGGACCAUCUCCCGCGACCGUGCCACCCCCUUCCCGAACUGGCUCGGACACAUCAACACCAAGUUCCACAACCCUUUCAACGCAACCCUCGUCUGUGGCUGCGUAGUCACCGUUCUCGCUUGCAUCUACCUCGGUUCGACAACUGCCUUCAGCGCUUUCGUCGGAUGUUUCGUCCAGCUAUCCAGUCUUUCGUACUUCAUGGCUAUCUUCCCUCACAUCCUUACCCGUCGCAGCUCGUUCGUGCCGGGUUUCUUCUUCAUGAACAACACGAUUGGCUUCGUUAUCAACAUCCUCUCUUGCAUCUACAUUCUCGCUUUCGUCGUCAUCUUCUGUUUCCCCUACGCUCUGCCCGUUGCUGCUGCCUCGAUGAACUACGCCAGUCUGAUGACUGGUGGCUUGUCCAUCUUUGUCGCGAUCUGGUGGUUCGUUCGCCAAGGCGAAUACGAGGGACCUAAGAAUAUUCCCCUGACCGACAAGGCUCUUAUGGAGGAUGCCCAGUAA